CAGCUGACCCGCGCACCAAAAGUAACGUUAGCCUACAUAUAUACAUUAAUAGCCACCAGGUGCCAAACAUUUUCCUGGAAAGAGAACCUUAGACGUCCCCAUGCCCAGUGCACUCAGUACCUCCUCCCCUCAGAGCAACGUGACAGGAAUCAGGACACCGGAUGAUAAACAAGAUGCGCUGCUGGUCCUACAGACAAUAUAGACCUACCGAUGAGGUAGCAGCAUCGGCUAAGGAAAAUUGUUUACAUAUUCAGAGUAAUAAUGGCAACAGUUAAAAAAGAUGACAGACUGACAAGUUCUCAGGGCUUCAUGUGCGUUGGUUUUGCGGGAGUUUUCAGUAAAACUGUCACGUCGUCCCUGGAGGUGGUGAAAAUCAAGAGUCAAGUGGGCACAUUUCACUGUAAAAAAGGCUUUCUCCACAGCUUUAUUGUUGUCUACCAGAAAGAAGGCAUACGAGGAUUUUGGAAGGGGAACCUCGUCUCCUGUCUCCGCCUGUUUCCUUACAGCGCCGUCCAUUUGGCAACAUACAAACAGAUCGUCCACCUCCAUAUGGAUGAAUUGGGCUACGUCUCUCAGUGGAGGGCCAUUUUUGCUGGUGGGCUAGCUGGUAUAAGUGCAGCGCUGGCCACGUACCCUUUGGAGGUGGCAGAGACUCGCCUCAUAGCUCAGAACUGCAGAGAGCCUACCUACAGGGGGGUGGUCCACACGCUUUCCAAGAUAUACCAGACCGAAGGCCUUCAAGCACUCUACAGGGGCUUCUCUCUCACAAUCCUAGGUGCAUUUCCCUUCUCUAUUGGUUGCUAUGCAGUCUACAUAAACUUGGACAAGAUGUGGCGGGAGCCCCAAUUCCGGUUCACUGCCCUACAGAACUUCAUCAAUGGCUGCAUAGCCGCAGGAGUGGCCCAAACCCUCUCCUACCCCUUUGAAACUGUGAAAAGGAAAAUGCAGGCCCAAAACCCUCGGCUCCCCCAUUAUGGUGGCGCUGAUAUCCACUUCACUGGAAUGUUAGACUGCUUCAGGCAGGUGAUCAGAAACAAGGGCAUCCUGACACUGUGGAGUGGCAUCACAGCCAACAUGGUCAAGAUUGUCCCCUACUUUGGCCUUCUCUUCAGCUGCUUUGAGAUGUGCAAGCAGGUCUGCCUGUACCGCAAUGGGUACAUUGUGUCUCCAUUGAGCUAUAAGUUGGCACCGGGCGUGGACCAGAGCAUGGGCCCUACUGAGGUGGAAGAAGUGAAACGGUACCUGAAGAAUAGGAAGUUUCAGUCACAGCAAGGAAGUCGCUGGUGAAACUGGUGUAACAAAUCCUGCAGAAGGGGAUGAUGACCAUUGGUAUAGGAAAGUGUCUGAACUAUCAAAAAGAGUCAGGAAUAUUUGUUGGAAUGCAAUACUUUGAAGAUGACAAUUUGGUUGAUGUCAGGUCUUUUACUGCUUUUUGUUUGUGAAUUAGCAACCAUUUCAGAAUCAGAGGUAGAUCCAUUGAUAGACAAAUUAUGCUGUAUUGUUUUUUUAAACGUGCAAUGCAAUCAUAGGAAUUGCACUUUUAUACUUGACACAUGGAUUUUGUUUUUUUACUGUUUUGUUCAGAGCAGGGUUAUGGUAUUUUCUAUUGUUGUCAUACAGUAUUUGAUACUAUUCCACUCAUUCCACUCCAGCCAUUACCAGGAGCUCGUCUUCCCCAAUUAAGGUGCCACCAACCUCCUGUGUAAUAUGGUCGGCCUUACGUAAAGGUCAUGAAGAGGAACACAAAGCACAAACCUGUUUAUAAGAUGGAAUUAGCUUACUAAUGCCAAUCAACGCUUUUCAUUAUGUACAUUAGGUUGUCAUGACUAUUUUAACAGACUUGGGUAUAUCAUAUUUAUAUGCCUUAAAGUUUCCUUAUUUAUUAUAAGGCUUAUUUCACUGACUGUUUUAAAUAUGCGUGGUAGUUAUUCACCCAAAGGAUCUGAUUGUGUCCUAGCCACUAAUCAGUCACUAACUUUCAUAGCACGUACUGUAUGUAUCAUUGUGUUGUGAAUCUAGCAAUAAGAUUGUAACUGAAGCACACCAAUGUCACUGAGAAUUAAGUUUACGUGUACUGUAUAUGGUAUGUAAUACAUUGGAUUGAUGAAACAAUGCAAAUCUGUUUUAGAUUGAGAUGAUUCAGAAUCAUUGAAGUGAAAUGUACUUGAACAGUCAUUGUAACGGCUGAUAUUUGUACUGUACAUCAACGCACAAUUGAAGUGAAAGAGGUGACGCAAGAGAGGCUGAUGUUCGGGCAUCCUGACAAAACUACACUAUAUAUACAAAAGUAUGUGAACACUCCUUCAAAUUAGUGGAUUCGGCUGUUUUAGCCACACCUGACAGGGGUAUAAAAUUGAGCACACAUCUGUACAAUCUCCAUAGACAAACAUUGGCAGUAGAAUGGCCUUACUGAAGAGCUCAGUGACUUUUAACGUGGCACUGUCAUAGGAUGCCACCUUUCCAACAAGUCAGUUCAUCAAAUUUCUGCCCUGGUCAACUGUAAGUGCUGUUAUUGUGAAGUGGAAACGACUAGGAGCAACAACGGCUUAGCUGUGAAGUGGUAAACCACAGAAUGGGACCACUGAGUGCUGAAGCGUGUAAAAAAAAAAAAAAAAAAAAAAAAAAGUCUGUCCUCAGUUGCAACACUCACUACCGAGUUCCAAACUGCCUCUGGAAGCAACCAGUUCGUUGGGAGAUUCAUGAAAUUGGUUUCCAUGGCCGAGCAGCAACACACAAGCCUAAGAUCACAAUGCCAAGCGUCAGCUGGAGUUGUGUAAAGCUCGCCGCCGUUGCACUCUGGAACAGUGGAAACGUGUUCUCUGGAGUGAUGAAUCACGCUUCACCAUCUGGCACUCAGACAGACGAAUUUGGGUUUGGCAGAUGCCAGGAGAACGCUCCAGUGAAGGGAAAUCUUAACUCUACUGCAUACAAUGACAUUAUAGUCGUUUCUGUGCUUCCAACUUUGUGGCUACAGUUUGGGGAAGGCCCUUUCCUGUUUCAGCAUGACAAUGCCUCUGUGCACAAAGCAAGCUCCAUACAUAAGUGAUUUGUCGAGAUCUGUGUGGAAGAACUUGACUGGCCUGCACAGAGCCCUGACCUUAACGCUAUCGAACACCUUUGGGAUGAAUUGUAAUGCCGACUGCGAGCUAGGCAAUUCAGCUCUUGUGGCUGAAUGGAAGUAAGACCAUGCAUCAAUGUUCCAACAUCUAGUGGAAAGCCUUCGCAGAAGAGUAGAGGCUGUUAUAGUAGCAAAGGGGGUACCAACUCCAUAUUAGUGCCCAUGAUUUUGGAAUGAGAUGUUCGACUAGCAGGUGUCCACAUACACUACAAAGUAUCACAGAUUACAAAGGGAAACCCAGCCACGAGCUGCCCGGUGAGGUGAGUUUACCAGACGAGCUAAAUGCCUUCUAUUCUCGCAAGCAACACUGAACCAUGCAUGAGCGCACCAGCUGUUUCGGAUGACUGUGUGAUCACAUUCUCCGUAGUUGAUGUAAGACUUUUAAACAGGUUAACAUUCACAAGGCCACAGGGCCAGACAGCUUACCAGGACACAUACUCAGAGCAUGCACUGACCAGGUGGCAAGUGUCUUCACUGAAAGUUUCAACUUCUCCUUGGCCCAGUCUGUAAUACCUACAUGUUUCAAGUAGACCACCAAAGUCCCUGUGCCAAAGAGCGCCACGGUAACCUGUCUAAAUGACUAUUUCCACAUAGCACUCACAUCUGUAGACAUUAAAUGCUUUUAAAGGCUGGUCAUGACUCACAUCAACACUCUCAACCCAGACACCCUGGACCCACUACAAUUCGCAUACUUCCAACAGAUCCACCGAUGACGCAAUCUAUAUUGCACCCCACACUGCCCUCCCACCUCGACAAGAGGAACACCUAUGUGAGAAUGCUGUUAAUUGACUAUAGCUCAGCGUUAAUCACGAUAGCUCAUCACUAAGCUAAGGACCCUGGAACUGAACACCUCCAUCUGAAACUGGAUCCUGGACUUCCUGACGGGCCACCCCCAGGUGGUGAGGGUAGGCAACAACACAUCCACCAUGCUGACCCUCAACACGGGGGGCCCUCAGGAGUGCGUGCUUAGUCCCCUCUUGUACUCCCUGUUCACCCAAUGACUGCUUGGCUGCGCACAAAUCCAACACCAUCAUUAAGUUUGCUGAUGACACGACGGUGAUAGACCUGAUCACCAACCACAAUGAGACAACCUAUAGGGAAGAGGUCAGAGAACUGGCAGUGUGGUGCCAGGACAACAUCUCUCCUUCAACAUCAGCAAGACAAAGGAGAGCUUCAAGUUCCUCAGUGUCCACAUCACUAAGGAUCUAUCAUGGUCCACACACACACACACCUGACAACACCUCUUCCCCCUCAGGAGGUGGAAACGAUUUGGCAUGGGCCCUCAGAUCCUCAAAACGUUCUACAGCUGCACCAUUGAGAGCAUCUUGACUGGCUGCAUCACCGCUUGGUAUGGUAAAUGCUUGGCGUUGGACCGCAAGUCGCUGCAGAGGGUAGUGCGUUCACUGGGGCCGAGCUCCCUGCCAUCCAGGACCUCUAUACCAGGUGGUGUCAGAGGAAGGCCCUAAAAAUUGUCAAAGCCACCCAAGUCAUAGACUGUUGUCUCUGCUACCGCACGGCAAGCUGUACCAAUGCACCAGGUCUGGAACCAACAGGACCCUGAACAGCUUCUACCCCCAAGCCAUAUGACUGCUAAAUAGUCAGUUCGGGUAGGUAUUUGGUUAAAACUACAAUAUAAAACUUUUUGGGCAACCCCACAAAAUUCAUAUAGAAAUGUGAGUUAUAGAUCUGUCAUACUCAUUGAAAGCAAGUCUAAGAAGCAGUAGACCUGUUCUAUGUGAGAUAUUUCUAUGCUUCCCGUUAAGUUUUGUUUUUGUAUCUUUUGGUUUUGUACACCAGUUUCAAUCAUCUGAAAAUACAAUCUUUUUGGUUAUGGAAAAGAUAUUUCAGAUGGGGCGGCAGGUAGCCUAGGCCAGUAACCGAAAGGUUUCUAGAUUGAAUCUCUGAGUUUACGAGGUGAAAAUCUGUCAUUCUGCCCCUGAACAAGGCAGUUAACCCACUGUUCCUAGGCUGUCAUUGUAAAUAAGAAUUUGUUCUUAACUGACUUGCCUAGUUAAAUGAAAAAAAAUGUAAAAUGAUUCUCAACACAAUGAAUGCUUGUUUUGUCACAUACCGAAAUUACUCAAACUUUUAGAAUAUUAGCAACCAGGUAAUUGCGGAGCGAUUUCUGCAUAGUGCAGCUUUAUCUAUCUGCGUUGACCCUUUUUGGACUAACUUUUUUUUAAUGUUUAUAAAUGCAUAUGCUGCUGUUACUGUUUUAUUAACUAUCCUGUUGCUUAGUCACUUUAUUCCUAGAUAUGUACAUAUCUACCUCAAUUACCUCGUACCCCUGCACAUCAACUCGGUAUUGGUACCCUGUGUAUAUAGCCAAGUUAUCGUUACUCAUUGUGUAUUUAUUAUUACUUUUAUUAUUGUGUCAUUACUUUUCAAUUAUCUCUUAUUUCUCUGCAUUGUUGGGAAGAGCCGGUAAGGAUGUAUUUCACUGUUCAAAUUUUAUUGGUCACAUACAUAUUGUUAGCAGAUGUUAUUGCGAGUGUAGCGAAAAUACGUAAAAUUAUUAGUGACAUUAUUAAAGUGACUAGUGUUCCAUUUAUUAAAGUGGCCAGUGAUUACAAGUCUGUAUGUAGACAGCAGCCUCACUGUGCUAGUGAUGGCUGUUUAACAGUCUGAUGGCCUUGAGAUAGAAGCUGUUUCUCGGUCCCAGCUUUGAUGCACCUGUACUGACCUCGCCUUCUGGGUGGUAGCAGGGUGAACAGACAGUGGCUCGGGUGGUUGUUGUCCUUGAUGAUCUUUUAGGCCUUCCUGUCACAUCGGGUGCUGGAGGGCAGGUAGUUUGCCCCCGGUGAUGCGUUGUGCAGACCGCACCACCCUCUGGAGAGCCCUGCGGUUGUGGGUGGUGCAGUUGCCGUACCAGACGGUGAUGCAGCCGACAGGAGGCUCUCAGUUGUGCAUCUGUAAAUGUUUGUCUGGGUUUUAGGUGACAAGCCAAAUUUCUUCAGCCUCCUGAGCCUGUUGCGCCUUCUUCACCACACCACACUGCUUGGACCAUUUGUUUGUCUGAUGUGUACUCCGAGGAACUUAAAACGUUCUACCUUCUCCACUGCUGUCCCUUCGAUGUGGAUAGGGGGGUGCUCCCUCUGCUGUUUCCUGAAGUCCACGAUCAUUUCCUUUGUUUUGUUGACGUUGAGUGAGAGGUUAUUUUCCUGACACCACACUCCGAGAGCCCUCACCUUCACCCUGUAGGCUGUCUCAUCGCUGUUGGUAAUCAACAGUACUGGUGUUGUCGUCUGCAAACUUAAUGAUUAAGUUGGAGGCUUGCAUGGCCACGCAGUCAUGGGUGAACAGGGAGUACAGGAGAGAGCUGAGCACGUACCCUUGUGGGGCCCCAGUGUUGAGGAUCAGCGAAGUGGAGAUGUUUCCAACAUUCACCACCUGGGGGUGGCCCAUCAGGAAGUCCAGUACCAAAUUGCACAGGGUGGGGUUGAGACCCAGGGCCUCAAGCUUAAUAAUGAGCUUGGAGGGUACUAUGGUGUUGAAUGCUGAGCUAUAGUCAAUGAACAGCAUUCUUACAUAGGUAUUACUCUUGUCCAGAUGGGAUAGGGCAGUGUGAUGGUGAUUGGACCUAUUGGUGCGGUAAGCAAAUUGAAGUGGGUCUAGGGUGACAGGUAAGGUGGAAGUGACAUGAUCCUUGACUAGUCUCUCGAAAACACUUCAUGAUGACAGAAGUGAGUGCUACGGGGGGAUAGUCAUUGGUCUGUGCAUGCUCUGAGAAUGCGGAUAGGGAUGCCUUCUGGGCGGGCAGCCUUGCGAGGGUUAACACGUUUAAAUGUCUUACUCACGUCGGCCACGGAAUAGGAGAGCCCUCAGUCCUUGGUAGAGGGCCGUGUCGGUGGCACUGUAUUAUCCUCAAAGCGGGCAAAGAAGGUGUUUAGUUUGUCUAGAAGCAAGACGUCGGUGUCCGAGACGUGGCUGGUUUUCCUUUUGUAGUCCGUGAUUGUCUUUAGGUCCUCCUACAUACUUCUUGUUUCUGAGCCAUUGAAUUGCAACUCCACUUUGUUUCUAUAUUGACAUUUUGCUUGUUUGAUUGCCUUGCGGAGUGAAUGAUUACUCUAUUUGUAUUCUGCCAUAUUCCCAGUCGCCUUGCCAUGGUUAAAUACGUUUGUAAGUCUACGCCUGUUGUUUACGAAGAAUGUGACAAAUAAAAUUGUAUUUGAAUUAAAUUA